GAGAUUAAGUUCGACCAAUUCCUGUCAUCCGUAAUGCUAUUGCUCCGAGACGACGACCAUGAAAGAAUGGAAAAAGAAAACCUAUGUCUUAUAUUGGUAAACCUGAGACGUGGAUGUCGACGUAGGGCUACACCAAAUGGAAUCCAAUACAGAUAUUCUAACGACUGGUCUGAGGCAGAUGACAUGUUAGUCGUUGAGUUCCUAGCUGAAGUGGUGAGCUGUAGAAUUGAUGUGGACUGCUACACGACAUCUGAGGCCGAUAAUCAGGGAUUGAUUCCAUACGGAAAUUAUACUGACCCACUCAGUAUGUUCUUCAGAAUCAACUUUCCUAACAGACAACAUGCACGUGCAUUGUCAAGCAGCACGGACGUCCGAGGUGGUCGACAAUCUCCGUGCUAUGUAACUAUCAAAGUACCAUCUUCCCACCUGUUUCGCCGACCGACAUUCCUCAUCACACAUAGUGGUAACUCUGGUGAUUGGCGACAACAUACCGCCCAACAAGCCAUGGCAUGGGAAGGGGAGGUAUAUCUAUCCGCUUCCAUGCCUUAUUGUCCACGGUACAUUCUGGCUGUAGCCUCCGACCUUUGGCCCGGUAUUGCACCUGCCAUCCAACAAAACAAUGCUUUUGAACAUGUUCUUUCUAAAACCGAAGAUGUAUUUUAUAUCCCGGGAUUGCACAAGAAAAUAGUACUCAUGUUUCCAGAGGAGUCUGUCUCAGUGAACACCGUCAUCCAGAUAUUGUUGGAACCGGGAGAUAAGUUUCCUAUAUUACACGUAUUGGCCAGGGGUGACGUAUCGGGACCAAUCACAGUGCAGUAUAUUGGGAAGAAAGUACUCAAUCAACCGCCAGCAGGUGAUGAGCAUCAGAAACCGGAAAUCAAGAUUUUGACAAAGCAAGGGGAUCUGGACUGGAAAGAAGGAGUUGCCGGUAAAAGAAUGUCCGACAAAGACUUAAGCGUCCAGAUCGAUUGUCUACCGAAAGGUGUGAAAACAUCAAUCGCACCGUAUGAAUCAAAUUACGCACUUUCGUUCAGAGGGAGAAACCGGCGUCUUGAUCACGAGAAGGAAACGCUUUUGGGGAUAUACCAGAAGAGGAUUCGAUCAAAAUAUUGGCGAAUGAUUGGACGAUCUCUCGGAUUUACACAAGAUGUUCUGUCAGAAAUAGAACGCAGGAAACCAAGAUCACUCGAGGAAAAGGCUUGUAUCGUCUUAGGACGAUGGCUGAAGAGAAAUACAGAGAAGAGUCUGUUCCAGAUACGGGAUACAUGGAUGUAACUGUAUGUAGGACAUUAUCGAUCAUAGUAUCGAUCGGUUUAAACUAACAAUGCUACUUGUUAUAUGUCGUACAUGCUAGAUUGUACAUGCUUAUAGUAUAAAUAUCAUUUUUAUAUAUUUUUAUUUUGCCGUAUAUAGUGAUAUAUCUGACUAAAUAUUAACUGGACCUUUGUAGCUUCAUGUAGAAUUAAACUAUGACAUACAUACACUAACUGUAUAUCGUACGUUUAAUUGCCAUGGAGAUUUAUGUAUAUGUGGACAGCUGUUUUGGAUUGGUGAGCAUCCUUUCAUAUAUUCAUGCCACAUUCAUUUCACAUCUUUUUUUAUCUUACCAGGAAUGAAUUGUGUUAUUUAUCGCGGUGGCAUGGUUUGCAGUUCCGAAACACUAAUAAUGUUUUUUGAAAGGCUAUUAUCAGUCGGAUCAGUAGAAUCACCAUACUUGUUACCGAAAGCGUCUUGCUAAUGAGUUUAAGACAUGUUCAAUUAAUCAAUGAAUAAUAGCACAUGACAAUUUUUGAGCACGUAUAGUUAGCUUAAAUCAGUUCCGAAGUAGUAGUCUUAUCGAUGAGUGAUGUCUAUGCACGAUUGUCGGUUAAAAGAGGUAAAACUAUAGCAAAAAAUCAAAGUUAAUGUUCCACAGAACAAGCGCGGACCCAUUAUUUGCAACUGUUGGUAAAGUUCCAUCAUACAUUAUACAGGAUAGAAGCAAAACGCAGGAUCUGCGCAUUUUCCAAGAGUCCUUUCGCUACAAUAUUGUAAAGUUAUUGUAUUUUUUGCUGCAGCACAACGUUCUGAUGCGUAUCACUUGUGUGUUACACGUAACUUAUAUCUAAUAUUUAACUCAUCUUAUACAUUUUUGUGUAAUCAAUGCAAGUUCUAGCUGACUACAGUAUUUAUUAGAUAAUUAUAAACAUAACUGUGUAGAAGAUGAACGUUAAAGUGCUUCGUCAGGAUAAGCAUAAAUGUAUCAUUUUAGUAUUUAAUCUACAACCUUAUUUGAAUUUCAAUUUUUGUAUGAUUACAAAAUAUUUGAUAAUGACUGGGAUAAAAAAAAAA